AUGGACGGAAUUGAUGUCGUGGAGUCGCCGCGUAAGCGACUCAAGACCGACAACGACUCUACAGACGCUACAAUUGCCCCUCCGACUCAGCCUGCGGUGCAGGAGACUGCCUCCGCUAAGAUCUCCGACGGCGAUGCGCAAGCUCUGAAGGAAGCGGAGGUGGGCAUCACGGAAUUCGUCAGCGCAGACAAUGAAGGAUUCACAGGGAUUUUGAAGAAAAGAUAUACCGAUUUCCUCGUCAACGAAAUUUUGCCCUCCGGCCAAGUCCUGCACCUGCGAAGCACCGACAUCCCGCAAUCCUACCUCGAUGCAACCCAGUCUGCCUCCGCUGACGCCGCGGCGCAACAGCCGGCAGAGCAACGACCGGCGGAGAAGAAGCAAGAGGAACAACCCGAAGCCGCGGGCGAGAAAGGUGCUUCUGACAACGCUGAGAAGUCAGAGACCCCUCAAUUCGAGCUCUCGGAGGAAGACAAGGCUUUGUUGACUGAGUUGUUCGGCGCGGGUUACAUUCCAAAGCUUGUGUCGCUAUACAACCGCGCUCAGCAGAACCCCAAGGCUCGACCGAGUGAUCUUGGAAAGCUCCCCACCGUGGUCGUCAACGACCGCGACCGGCGCAUUCAGAUCCACCAGGCCAUCCGUCGCAUCUUCGGCUCCCAGCUCGACUCUUCGACCGAUAGCGAGGGUCUGAUGACUGUGUCGGUGGCCUCGAACCGGCACAAGCGCACCGUCCAAGGUGGACGCGGGCCCGGCAACGGACAGAACCGCGGUCGGUUCAACUGGGAGGACGUCGGCGGACCCUACCUCCAUUUCACCAUCUACAAGGAGAACAAGGACACGAUGGAGGUCAUUUCGUUCAUCGCGCGGCAGCUGAAGAUGAACCCGAAGGGUUUCCAGUUCGCGGGCACCAAGGACCGCCGUGGCGUCACCGCCCAGAGAGCGUGCGCCUAUCGCGUGCAUGUCGAUCGCCUUGCGAGACUCAACUCCACCCUGCGCAAUGCGCGAUUGGGCGACUUCGAGUAUCUUCCGCAUGGCCUCGAGCUGGGCGACCUUGCGGGUAACGAGUUCGUCGUGUCUCUCCGCGAAUGCGAAAUCCCCGGCGUGGAUCUUCAAGAUCGCGAGGCGGCUGUCUCUAAGGCGUCCGAGCUCGUGAGCUCUGCGCUGAAGAGCCUGCGCGAGCGCGGUUACUUCAACUACUACGGGUUGCAGCGGUUCGGCACGUUCUCCACCCGGACCGACACCGUUGGCGUGAAGAUGCUCCAGGGUGACUUCAAGGGCGCGUGCGAAGCCAUUCUUCAUUUCAGCCCACAUAUCCUCGCCGCAGCCCGCGAAACCGAACACUCGACCGCUCCCAUAAGCUCCGAUGACAAGGCCCGUGCUGAAGCCAUCCACCUGUUCCAGACCACGGGCAAUGCCGCGGAAGCCAUUGAGAAGAUGCCGCGCAAGUUCUCCGCGGAGACCUGCUUGAUGCGGUACUUGAGCCGGCAGAAGAACGACUAUCUCGGCGCUUUGCAGACAAUCCCACGGAACCUGCGGUUGAUGUAUGUUCACGCCUACCAGUCGCUGGUGUGGAACUUUGCCGUUGGUGAACGCUGGCGGCUGUACGGCGACAAGGUCGUCGAGGGAGACCUGGUCCUGAUCCAUGAGCACGAGGACAAAACACCCUCGUCUGCGCCGGCGACGGGUGAAGUGGACGCCGACGGCGAGGUGAUCAUUGCACCUCAGGCUAAUGAUAGCUCCUACAAAGCGGGGGAUGCGUUUGUGCGCGCGCGAGCUCUCACGGCCGAAGAAGCCGCCAGCGGCAAGUACUCAAUCUUUGAUAUUGUGCUUCCUCUUCCCGGGUACGAUGUGUUGUAUCCGGCCAAUGCCAUGACCGACUUCUACAAGCGGUUCAUGGGCAGCGAGCAGGGCGGCGGACUGAGCCCGUUUGAGAUGCGCAGAAAAUGGAAGGAGGUCAGUCUGAGCGGUGGCUAUCGGAAGAUCCUGAGUCGUAUGGGCCCGGAGUACUCUUCUGAGGUCAAGAUCUAUUCCAGGGACGAUGAACAGUUUGUCCAGACGGACCUGGAGAAAUUGAACCCCACGGCAGCUGAGUCUACAGUUACAGAGACAGAUUCCGCCGAGUCUACCGAUAAACUGGCGGUCGUCCUCAAGUUCCAGCUCGGGUCCAGUCAAUAUGCCACCAUGGCAUUGAGGGAAUUGAUGAGAGGGAAAGUGAUUGCAUACAAGCCUGACUUUGGCGGAGGGAGAUGA